UGGUUAAAUACAUAUUGAAGGUGUGAAAGCCUAAUCCUGGCAGAGUUACUUAAGUAGAAAUAGCUUUUCGCAAAGGAAUACAGUUAUUUGGAAGUGUGGAAGCCAAAUACUCAGCACUCAAGAAGCUAUUGAAUAUCUUGGUGACGCGCAAGAUUUCCUUCGUCAUAGUAAAAAAGGUUUUAUUAUUUGUUAUUUGAUUGAUAUGACCUUGAGGUGAAGUAUUCUAUUGCUUCGUUUAUUGUGCUGGAUCUAUGAUGUGGGAGGCUAGGACAUUUACGCCACGACAAAAAAAUUUAUGGAGUAAAAACGUGUCACCGACGUCAGACGACUUGAGCGAGAUCGAAUUCAGCUUCGAUGAGUUCUCCGCUGAAGCGACACCUAAGGCCUCAACUCCCGCUCCAGGCAACAUGGCGCAAACCGCACAAAGAAAUGUUACACAGAAAACAUUGACUCCUGCCAUCAUAGCAAAGAUACAAGCGAUAGACAAUAAAAGUGACUUCUCAACGGAUCAACAAGAAUUAGAGAACACAAGAAUAUCGCAUCAAGGGUUAGACAUCGCCAGCAGACACGAAACCAGCGAUUUAAAGCUCCCCGCAUCGGAUGAACUGAACGGUAAAAAUCACAUUGGAAAUUCAGACCGAUGCAAAGUUCGCGAUGUAGUGAUUAUUAAAAAUUCUGCGUCGCCCUUGGGCUUCUUCAUUCGACAAGGUGACGGUUCAUUUACGAAGAAUGGAAUAUUUGUAUCACGCGUUGCACAGGGAAGUUUUGUUGAUGUGAACGGGUUACUGGAGGUCGGCGAUGAAAUUAUUUCAGUUAAUCAAGUUGAUAUUGAUGGCUUUCAUGUAGACGAUGUUGUACGAAUGAUUCAAAUACCGCACAAGCUGAUUUUGACCAUCAGAACAAGUGAUUUGUUGACUGAUCGAAAUUUAUAUUCUGAAGAAAUCAACGGAUCUAUAGCUACAAGCAAAAACCCUCACGAAACAACAUCGAAAGCUUUUAAAAUCAAAACUAAAGAUUCCCGCUCUGAGCCCAGUAACGAAGGUAAACAAACUAUUCAAACAGAAACGGCUAAUUUUGAAGGGGACAAAAAUGCAAAUCAUCAGAAAAUUUCCAGGUUGCAAAUUGGCGGAGAUUCGUCGACUAUUGAAAAACUUAUUAAAGCAAUUCGAGCACAAAACAAUCGCUUGAAGACAGCGAAGAAAAACUCUGAACGUCGCGAAGAAGAAGGCCGACCCUCAACUGAAGAUCAAGGCAACUCGGCCAGUUCUCUUUUGAAACAAAGAGACAUUAAUAAACCUGAAGCUCCAACAAGAAAACCAUCAGCUGAUUCAAUCAUUUUAUCAAAAAGAACAGCCCCUCCGUUACCAAACCGCAAGUCAAGUACUUUAACACCCGUUACCUCUGUUAAUUUGAUUUUUGAUGAUCUCGAUGAUUUCGCAGUUCCUAGCCCAGUUGGGAAUAAGAGCAUGUCUGACGAAGACUCUUUGAAGGCUUACACUCCGAGCCAGACUCCCCAAAGUCCUCCGAGUUCCCCCGGAGAGAGCCCGAAGGCAAGGCGAAGACUUCCGUCGGUGCCAUCCGAUGGCGGUCGGACAAGUCGAUGUAAUAGCGACAGUCGAAGUGAGGGCAAUUCUCCCACGUUAUCGAAGCCACUACUGAGUCUCCCUUCGGAGCCAAGGAACCGUAGAUUGCUGCCAACUCCACCAUCUUCUCCUGUUGCUUCUCAUAAAGAUGCUUUAACCGGUCGGAAAUCAAGUUCUUCUUCCAUCUUUGAUAGCCCCAAAGAUGGAAAAUCAAACAGAAAUAGUUGGAGUGGAUCCACGGAUGGCGAAACCACAGCGGAAAAAUCCCCUACGCCGCGAACGCCAUCUCCUUCACGCAAAGACUCUGGUUUGUCAUUAAGCCAAAUUUUUAGUGCAUUCGCCUUCAAAUCACAUUCAGACGGAGCUGAGACAGGAGAUAAAAACAAAGAUGACCAGAGAUCCGAGUCUUAUAAAGCGCCAACAUCACCUCGCAGGCCAGCGCGAAAAAGUGAAUCACAGUGCCAAGAUAUUACUGAGCAGGAAAGACACUCAAUUGUUUUAAAUUCCAUCGUUUCUGGUGGAUUGCAGGUUCCCACCGGACCCAGACGACUAACAAGUCGAUCAUCACAUCCGAAUCUGAAACUUUUGAAUCCUGUUCCAGAGGAAGGCGCGAAGUCCAAGCUUUCUAUCGGAUCAGCCUCGCCAUCAGGUCACUUUAAACGGUCUCCAUUUAUCAGAAGGCGCGCCAGUCUUCAGUCUAUGACUGAGAACAGUUUAACCAAUCAGCUUGCUUCGCAAGAUUUGACCGACAGCUAUCAACUAAGGAGCGAGGUAGAUGUCGGUUUCUUGAUAUUUCCGGAUGACUAUAGUGGACAUAAUUUAUUGUCGUCCCACGCGGUCUCUGGUAUGGUGUCCUUACACGUUAUCAGAGCCACUAACCUCCCAUUUGCAGAUAAGAAACUACUGGAGAAGAAAAAGAAGGUUUAUUGUGCAGUUGAAGUUGACUUUGAGCGUAAAGCUUUCACGAGCUCUAAAAGAGCUUCAAAAAGCAUUGCAUGGGAUGAAGUCUUUGAUGUUGAAGUUCAGCAUGGCCGUGAAAUCUGUCUGUCUUGUUUCACACCGGGUCACGAAUUUGACAAACCAGUGGCUAAAGUUUCCUUCAAUCUGUCACCUUUUGUCCGAUGCGGCCAGCAGCAUAGCACCGUGUUUCGUUUGCAUCCACAAGGUGCGAUUCACCUCAAAAUGGAAUUCACAGAGAUGAAGGCGUUGCUAAAACGAGCUCAUUCCGACAGAAGUUCCGGCGUGUUCGGCUUUCAACUCAAUGUGACUUCACGAAACGAGAAGGCAAGUGUUCCGUUAAUCGUUCGCAAGUGUGUCGAAGAGAUUGAGAAGCGCGGACUGUCAAAUGUAGGUCUCUAUCGGAUUUCCGGAAACGCCCGACGGAAAAAGCAACUUCACGCGCAAUUUGACGAAGAUAGCACUACAGUCAACCUGUCAGAAGAGAAUUAUCCUGACAUCAAUGUCAUCGCUGGAAUUCUGAAAGAUUAUCUCCGAGAACUUCCCGAGCCACUCAUUACUGAAUCUUUGUCCAAAAUGCUGAUUAAAGCAGCUAAAGAGCAGGUUCAAGAUCAAGAUUUAGCUGCACAGAAGCGUGUUCUUUCCAAGCUGCUCGUCCAGUUACCACAACACAACAGAGAAACAUUAGUGUAUUUGUUGAAUCAUUUCUUGCGUGUCACUGCCCAGAAGGAAACGAACAAAAUGGACGCACACAAUUUAUCAGUAUGUUUCGGCCCGGUAUUAUUAUGUCCCCCAGCAAACCUUACAGAAAGCAAGGACUUGCUCGAUCUCAAACUCCAUAACAGAAUUGUAGAAUUUCUUUUGUUUCUCUGGAACAGCACUGGGGGGAUCUCUGAAUAGAUUUUAUCUCUUUAUUUUAGUAUGACUGUUUUCCUUUUGUUAAUAUUUGCUGUCCUUCUCAAAGCAGAAAACUUACCCACAGUACACAGUAAAACAUUUUCAGCUUUAUCAAUGUAUUGAUUUAGCAGUGUUAUUAAACUUACGCCGGAUCAA